AUGUAUUUGGCGCGAGUUUCUCCCGAUAAAUUUGGUGGGGAGUCUAAAACAACAAACAAGUGCCAGCUUCAAAUUCUGUUGAGUUUGAUGGAAGCCCAACGCGAUAUUGCUUGUGGCUUCCAGAAAGGAAGCAAGGAGGAGGUGUUACUGUUUUGGCAUGCGGCUGAAAAUGCUUUAAAUGCAUCUGGGCCACCAAGCAAAAACAUAUCGGAAUGGAAAAAGGUGUGGUGUGACCAGAAAAAAUAUGUUAGAGCUAAGGCUGCUACAAACCUUAAGGCCAGAAAUGGUACUGGCGGUGGGCCAAACAAAGAACAAAAACUUUCCGACUAUGAACAGACUGUCUACGACUUAAUUGGGAUGAAUGGGAUGAAUUCCGUUGAUGCCUAUAUUUUGUAA